CGUUAAGAGUUCCCACAACGGAAUCAGCACAGUGCCAAUGGCCGCCAUUAUUUCUAUUUCCUAUUUUGCCUCUUCCUCUUCGCCUUCUUCCUCUUUAUCUUCCCCUCUCCUUCUUCAAUCUGUUCCUUCUCUGCGUCUUCGUCUUCGUCGGUCCAUUGACAUUCUUUCUCCCCGUUGCAGCGCAACUCCCUCUCACGUUUCAGACAUGGAUGCUGCCCCGAGUCAAGGUCUCUACCCACUCCACCGCUGCAAAACCAUACAUCUGGUGAGGCAUGCUCAAGGGAUUCAUAACGUGGAAGGAGAGAAAAACCAUGAUGCUUACUUAUCUGAGGAACUUUUCGAUGCCCAGCUUACUCCUCUUGGGUGGCAACAGGUUGAUAACCUUCGCAAGCAUGUUAAGGAAAGUGGACUCUCUAAGAGAAUCGAGCUGGUGAUCGUUUCUCCUUUACUGAGGACUUUGCAAACAGCUGUUGGAGUUUUUGGUGGUGAAGGUUACACAGAAAGAGUUAAUGCACCUCCUCUCAUGGUCACAAAUGCAGGGAAGAGCAAUCGUGCCGCUAUAGCAUGUUUAGAUUGCCCACCAUUCUUAGCAGUGGAACUAUGCCGAGAACAUUUGGGUGUUCAUCCUUGUGACAGGAGAAGCAAUAUCAUAAAGUACCGGGAACUAUUUCCUGCAGUUGAUUUUUCGUUGAUAGAAACUGAUGAAGAUGUUCUGUGGAAUCCCGACAUUAGGGAGAAGAAAGAAGAAGUUGCAGCCAGAGGCGUGAAGUUCAUGGACUGGUUGUCUACAAGGAAAGAGAAGGAGAUUGCCGUCGUCACUCACAGCGGAUUCUUGUAUCACACCUUAUGUUCAUUCGGAAACGAUUCUGACCCAUCUCUGAAAUCCGAAAUCUCCAGACAUUUCGCCAACUGUGAGCUUCGUUCUAUGGUUCUGGUGGAUAAAUGUGUGAGAAGUUCGGAUCCUGCAACGGCUAACUAACUCUGUCCCGGGAAGAUGCAUUUUGGGGAAGAUCUUCCAAGCAAUGUUUCAGACGUGUGAGCAGAGAAAGAAGAUUGUCUGAAAGUGAAACCGAACUCACAAGUGAAGUGUUUCAAACAGUAACAGUAAUGGUAUAUGAUUGAUUCGUCAAAGAUCUGAGAUUUAGGUACACCAAAGAACAAGUAAACAUUGAAAGGUUCAUUCUUUGUCUCGACAGAUUUUUGAGAUUCAAUCCGUAGAUAGGAUCUCAAUCGUUGA